CCAGAGAACGGAGGAACAAACAUAUAUUCCGUCCAUAUUCAAAGCAUAGUGAGGCUGAUAUGCCUGAUAACAUGUAAAGCAUUGCUAAGUGGUAUUUGACCACAGAGAGAUUAACAGAAAUAUGCCGUCGCCGGUGAGAUGGAGCUAUUUUGGGAUGUAUUUAUUGCUUUUUCUUCUGGAUUUUUACUGGGAAACGGUGUCUGGACAGCUUUCAUAUUCCGUCUCAGAGGAGGUAAACCCUGGUACUCCUGUUGGAAAUAUCGCUAAGGAUUUACACCUUAAUUUACAGGACUUGGAAUCUCGUAUGUUUCAGAUUGUUACUGGAUCAAAGAGAACAUUUUUCGAGGUAAAUCUUAAAACCGGAGUUCUGUAUGUCAGUGAAAGGAUAGACCGAGAGGAGCUCUGCGGUGAAGAACUUAAAUGCUCAGUGAGUGUAGAGGCAGUGAUAAACAGCCCAUUGAAGCUUUAUCGCAUUGAUGUAGAUAUUUUAGAUGUAAAUGAUAAUUCACCGAUUUUUACAAACAAAUUGCAAAAUCUUAAUAUCGCAGAGAGUACUUUACCAGGAGUCAAAUUCGUGUUAUCUGAAGCAAGUGAUGCAGAUGUUGGAAAAAAUGGAGUCAGCACUUACAAAUUAAGUCAAAAUGAGUAUUUCUCUUUGGCAGUACACAAAACGGGAGACAGUGUGUCUGCUGAGUUAGUCUUGCAGAAAGCUUUAGACCGAGAGAAGCAGGCUGUGAUUGCAAUGACACUGACGGCUGUAGAUGGGGGUACUCCUCCCAAAUCAGGCACCUCACAGCUUGUUGUAAAUGUUUUAGAUAAUAACGACAACAUCCCGGUAUUUGGUGAAUCUCUAUAUAAGACAAAAAUUCCUGAAAACGCGCCUGUGGGCUCAACUGUAAUCACUGUAAAUGCCACCGAUGCAGAUGAAGGCCUGAAUAGUGAUAUUAUAUAUUCACUUAGAAGCAAAGAUCAGGAUCACGUUCUUGAUAUGUUUGAAAUUGAUAGCCAAAGUGGAAUCAUCAAAGUAAAAGGAAAUAUAGACUACGAAGAGAAAAGGGCUUUUGAAAUACGUGUGGAGGCCAGUGAUAAAGGCCAGCCUCCAAUGUCUGCUCACUGUAAAGUACUUGUGGAAGUUGUGGACCUGAACGAUAAUGCUCCGGAGAUCACUGUAACGUCACUACAAAGCAGCGUUAAAGAGGACGCUAAUUUAGGCACUGUAGUUGCCCUGGUAUCUGUUAUCGAUAAAGAUGGAGGAAAAAACGGCGAUGUGAAAAUUCAGAUAAAAAAUAAUGUUCCAUUCAAACUCGAAACUAAUUACAAAAACUAUUAUUCUUUACUAGUAGAUGGGCCCAUGGACAGAGAGAGUGUGGCUUCUUACAACGUUACUAUAGUGGCCACGGACAAAGGCACACCGCCACUGUCCAGCACCAGUGUAGUGUCAAUACAGGUCUCUGAUGUCAAUGAUAACGCGCCUCUCUUCAAAGAGCCUCUGAUUAAUGUAUAUGUGACAGAGAACAGUCCAGUUGGAGCACUUAUUAAAACAGUGACUGCAACGGAUAUUGACGUUGACCAGAAUAGUCACGUGACAUAUUCAUUUUCUCACACUAAUGGUAACCCUUUGCCAUUAUCUACCAUGGUGAAUAUGAACUCAGAAACAGGAGAUAUAGUCAGUUUACAGUCUUUUAACUAUGAGGAGUUAAAGACGUUUCAGUUUAAGGUUCAGGCCACAGACUCUGGUGUUCCUCCGCUCAGUAGCAACGCAACUGUCAAUGUUUUUAUCCUGGAUGAGAAUGACAACAGUCCCACAAUCCUGGCUCCUUAUUCUGAACACGGUUCCGUUAACAGUGAGAACAUUCCCUAUUCUGCUGAAGCGGGAUACUUUGUGGCAAAGAUCAGGGCCGUAGACGCAGACUCUGGAUACAAUGCACUGCUUUCUUAUCACCUCUCUGAACCCAAAGGAAACAGCCUGUUCCGGAUCGGAACCAGCACCGGCGAAAUCAGGACUAAGAGGAGGAUGAGUGACAAUGAUCUGAAAACUCACCCCUUGGUGGUGUUGGUUUCUGAUAACGGAGAACCCUCCCUGUCAGCUACUGUGUCUAUUGAUGUAGUGGUGGUUGAAAACACAGCUGACAUCCAGACUCAGUUCAGACAUGUACCCAUAAAGGAGGAGAGCUUCUCUGAUUUAAACCUGUAUCUGCUGAUCGCCAUUGUGUCAGUGUCCGUGAUCUUUCUGCUGAGCCUCAUCACUUUAAUAGCGGUCAAAUGUCACAGGACAGACGGCAGUUUCAGCAGGUACAGCGCCCCCAUGAUCACCACCCACCCUGACGGGAGCUGGUCUUACUCGAAAUCGACUCAGCAGUAUGACGUGUGUUUCAGCUCAGACACACUGAAGAGUGACGUAGUGGUUUUCCCCGCCCCGUUUCCACCUGUAGAUGCUGAACUGAUCAGUAUCAACGGAGGAGACACUUUUACAAGAACUCAGACUUUACCCACUAAAGAAAAGGUAAGACAACUUUGA